GCGCGAUAAGUUGAGGGGGAACGGAGUUCGGUCGUUUUCCGUUAAGUGAAGUCGGUCGGCACGAGCGGGAGGGGAGAGGCCAAUCAUACGGCCGGGUUGUGCUGUCCGGCUGUUGCUGGGAGUUCGGUCAGGGGGGCGGGCUGGCGAGAGCGAGAGAAACUCCCGCCGUUCAGCCCGCGUUUGUAGUGCUGGUAGCGCGCGCACUGAGCGCUCCCUCUCACCCGCCCUCUGGAAAUCUACUGCGCGCGUAAGAUGCGCGGCCCCGCUCACGCUUUCCCCUUCCCACGCGCGCCCUCGCCUAUUUCUCCACUGCGCGCCCCCGAGGCCCCAGCUCUUUAAUUACCCAAAAAAAAAUCAGUUUCCUCGAAGUGAAGUGCAGAAGAUUUCAGGUUUUGAGACAAUUUUAGAAGGGCUGUUUGGACCUGCAUUGCUUAAUGACCUCAGCUUAUUUAAAGACUGUGAACCUACAGGAGUAUGUGACUGGUCCUUUGAUGAGAAUUGCCUUUUCUGCUGCUUAAGAAGAGAAAAAGUUAAGGAGCAUUUAGCUGGCUUUCAUAAACCAAUUAAUGAACCUGGCCAUGAAAACUUUCUGAAACAAGAGCAAGCAAAGAUAAUUCGACUAGAAAGGCAAGCGGAAGAAUUCAUCAAUGCGGUCUUUUACAAAAAAGAUCAUGCAGCGAAUGAUUCGACAGUUUGCUGCAGAAUAUACCUCAAAGAAUAGCUCUACUCAGGAUUCCAGCCGACCCAACAGCACAAAGAACCAAAGCUUGCCGAAAUCACCCUCCGGACAAAGUUCACCUUCCCCUGCAACUACCCAGAAUCCCGUGCUUAGCAAGCUUCUGAUGGCUGACCAAGACUCUCCCUUAGACCUCACUGUCAAGAAGCCCCAUUUAGAAGAGCCCUGUGAGCAAGCAGAUGGAGUGCUCGACUUAUCCACUAAAAAAAGUCCUUGUUCUGGUAGCCCGAAUUCCUCCAUUUCUCCAAGUACCUCAAACACUAUAGGGAAUGGCACUCAGGAUACAGAGAGAAAAGCAAUAGACCCUAACAAUUCAACAAAUUUAUCACUGGAAACGUUCAUGGCCAAACUGUGUUCACAUCACCAAAAGCAGUUUAUUCUUGUUCUGAACAAUUUAUGCACUGAAGAAUCCAUAAUGAAAUCUAGAAGUCGGAGUGCCUCAGUUUCUGAGAUUGAAAAUGCUAAUUUAGAAGACCAUGAUCAUUCCUCUUGUGAAAAUAAUGCAAACCUUUCCCCUGUAAAGAAAGACACAUCUUUUCCUGAAUUUUGUUUAAGUACACCAACAAAUGUAUGUGAGGAUAGCUGCCCCUGUGAAAUGUCACAUUGUUCAAAUUACCUUUCAAAGGUACCAUGUUCCUUUGAAUCAAAGGCAGAUCAUGCCAUUAAUGUCUCCUAUGCCACAGACCAAACCAUUACAAAUAAUCCUGUAGGUAUUCCAAGCACAGAAGAAAAAUCGGAAACUACCAUUGCAAAAGUAUCUGAAGUCAGUCAGACCAUUUUUUUUGAACACUGUGUUCUUUCACAUAGUAACUGUACUUUAAACAUGCAUAAUGAUUCCCCAGGUUCUGAACUCCCCACAGACAUCCCAAAAAUUGAAAAUAAAGAAAACACGCAAUAUGUUAACCCUAAACAAGCAUUUUUGGACUGCAAUGACUGUAUAUUAAAGCAGGAACAUUCUGUAACUACAGUGACUGCAAAGAAGCUUGGAAACCUUUGUGAGAGUCCAUUUCACAAUCUUACUGACCAUUCUGGGUCAACUUUACAAAAAGUCAAGUUGCAUGAAAAUAAGCUGUUAAAAACUGUAAAAUGUAAAAAUUCUCGGGUUUUGGUGACAAAUGAUUGUGAUAAACAGUGCGAUGUAGUUUACAUCAGUGAGCCAAUUACAACUGAAUGCCACUUUGAAAAUCAUAAGUCUGUAGUUUGUGCUCGAAACACUGCAAGGAAAAGUACCCGAGGAUAUCUUAUUAGUGGUGAUUGCUGUGAAUUGUCAACUGUUCGCACAUUGGUAAGAAGCUCAAAAGUUGAGGAGAAAGGAAAUUCUUCAUUACAUAUUUCUGAAGCAUUAAUAAUUCCUAAUGACUUGAUUAAGACACUACCUUCCUCAGAUGUUUUAUCACUGAUUCAUGUAGAGGAAAGCGUAGAAACAGACAGUGAUAAUCCUGUGCCACAGAAUGCGGAAAUGAAAGACCUAAUACCAGACUCUUUUAGAUGCAUUGAACCUGAAAAAAACAUUCAAUGUCUGGCUUUAAAUAAAGAAUCUGUAGAUAAUGUCUCAGAUUCUUUGAUAGCAGUGUUUUCUCUUACACAAGAUGAGCCUAAAAAAUUACAUGUUCCAAGCAACCACACUGCAAAUGAACAGGCACUUAAUGAAAAUGAUGAUGAGAUUCCAAAGAUGAAACAGAUAUCCUCUGUAGUAAAUAUAGAUGCACAGUCUUUAUCUGUAAAUGAUCAUGAAAAAAGUAUAACUGAAUUGGCUAUAGAUCCAGACUUUUAUAUCUCCCGUUCCAAUAAUUCGUGCAGUCAAGACGGUUCAGGUACCCAAUCACUGGAUAUGGAAAUAACGGUUUCAUUAAACGAUAACCAUACUGUACCUAGGACUUAUCCGAAUAAUACAGCAAUCGAAGAAGCUUCCGCUACCUUAAAGUACAUCCAUGAAAGUCCUUCCACUGCAUAUCCAUCUACACUUGGGACUGCUGACAAAGAUAUCCCAGUCAUUGGUUCUUCUAGCCUUAAUGAUUUCAAGAUAUUGCCAGAAGAUUCUUCUGAAACAGUUAUUGCUGAUCCUGUUACAUCUGACCAACCGUUAUCAAUGCAGAUUUCUUCAAAAACCAUUUCAGAUAUCUUGCCUGUAGACAAUUCAGAAGGUCAAAUUUCUAAAAGUUCACAAAUUGAUCCUAGUAGUUCUGGUAGUGUGAAUGAGUUUCCUAAGCACUUUGUGCAGUGUGUGGUUAAAGAAAAUGCACACUUGAUGAUGGAUUCAAACAUUGAAAAUGUUAAGGAUUGUCAAAGCCUAGUUUUGAACGAUUCAUUUGAAAUGGAGGCAGAAGAAAAUGUACUACCAGAGAAUAUAAAUGCUUUAUGGCCAACUAAAUGCUUUCAAAGUCCUUUAAAUAUAAGUGCAAAAAUUGUUGAAAAUAAUAACGCAAGACUAGAAGCAAAUGUUUCUGAGGAGACUCAUCAUUGUGAUACUGUAUCUUCUUCUGGAUGUAGCAAAUAUGAUACAGUUAAUGAUGCCUUGAAAACCAAAGAGGUUAUUGGGGAAAACAACACAGAUGCAGUUAACUCAAAUAAAAUUGAUAAUUUAUUAACAAGCAACAGAACUUCUUGUAAACAUCUUACACCAUUUAAGAGGCAUAAAAAAGUUCCUGUCCCAACUGACAGAUGUCUUAGGAGUCGUGAAUCCCAUGAUGAUUCUGUUUUACAUAACAUUCCUUCCCUUCAGGUUCUGUUAUCUUAUGUUCAAGGCACCAACUUGGCACAGAGGUCUGUAGUAUUAAAAACAGAAGAUACACCAUGUUCUGAUACUGUCAUUUCCUCUGUUGAUGAUACCAGUUAUGAUGAAAGCUAUUUUGCUUUCUUUUUAAACAGCCAUUGUAGAGAAGGAAAACCAUUAUUUUAUGAAAGAAUACUAAAAAGUACUUGUUUUAAGAUGCCUGAAAACCUCACGGUAUGUUUAAAAAUAGGUUCUGAUAAGCGAAUUAUAUAUUUUACAAAAGAACAUCACAAUUGCCUAAACAUGGCGGAUGCAAAAUGUAAGUGUGAUGCAACAAGUGUAAAAAAUACUAGUCAACUUGAGAAAUGUAAUGAAAGUGAAUCAGAAAAUGCCACAAAUUACGGAUCCCCGACAAAGAGUAGUACCCCACAUAUUGCAGUAAAUUCCUUAAAGGAUAAGAUGAAGUGCUGUAAAUCUGGUAAAUUAAAGAACCUCUCUCCAAGAAAUGAGAAAAUCAAUAGUUCUAAUAAGCGAAGAAAUAGACCAAAAUUUAUAGACUGGUGUUCCGAAGAAGAAAAUCAGGAACGUAUCUCCAAUUUUAACGACAAGUACACAUCUGUUCACAAAAAUUGGGUUUCACUGGAAAAAGAAACGGUUAACGUGAACAAGUCCAAAAGUAAAUCUGACAGGUUAAAAGAGAUUUGGAAAACAAAGAAAAGGAUUCGUAGACCUAAAAGCAGUCAAGAUACACCAAAAUGUUCACCAAUGCAAUUGUUGUUUAUGAAUUCUUUUAAAUUCUCAGAUGUUUGUGAAUGGUUUAUGGAAACAACAGAAACAAAGUCUUUAGUGAUUGUAAAGAAAUUAAACACUCGUAUUCCUGAGGAACAUCAGCUGCCAAUGAUUCAGUCACCGAAGUAUUCAAGCCAAAGUCUAUAUCCUCACAUGUUGCAAGCACAACGCUUGAAAAAACAUCUGAAGAAAUUUGCUUCAGUUACUCCAGCACAAAAUAACAUCAAAACUGAGAACUCAUUGAAUACAUUAGUAAGUAACAGCAGUGAACUAGUUCAUGAGGUUACAGAUACUGUAAAAGGUCCUAAUGACUGCAAAAAGCAAGAACCACAUGCUAAAGCUAAAAAGACUGCUCCUGUUCACAUCUUAAAGAAAAACAGAUCACAGGAAAAUGUAAACAGUCAGUCUUAUCCAGUGAAUAAAAACAAAGUGUGUAUGGCAAAUGUAAAACGUAAAGCAAGCAAUUCUGACAAUAAAAAAGCAGUGUCCUCUUCAGAUUUGAGCUUACGGAAAUCUCCAAAAGCCCUUACCUCAAAGUCUCUAAUAGUUAAAAAAUGUAAAAAGCGUAACAAAAGUGACUGCUUGGAAGAAUCUGUUGCACAGCCAAAUAAAAAGAGGAAAAUUGAAGCAAAGCAGAGGUUUUUAAAAAAUGGACCCCAUGUCCACAAAAAGGCAGCCCCUACAAAAUCUAAAGUUCGUAAAAUGAGUAAAAUACACUCUACUUCCAGUUCACAAGCUCCAAAGAAACAGGUGGGGAAAGCUGGUGUCUUUAAAACAACUGUAAUUAAAGGAAAAGCAAAAACUCGUAUGCAAAAACAAUCCCUUAAAUCACAAAUUGUUCUUAAGCAUCAGACAAGAUCAGCUAAGCUUAGUCAAGCUUCUUCCAAGGUGUCAGAUUCACCUAAAAUCACUAGUUUUUCAUCUUCACAUAGGAAAAAAGAACGGUGUAAAAAAAUAUCCACUGUCUCAACAAAAAACAAAAGAAAUGUAGCAUCCCGAGUGAGACACAACAAGCAAAGGUCACAGCUGGAGCCACCCACUCGUAAGGGACGAUCACUUGAAUUUAAAUGACAAGCUAUAAACUGUUACCUUCGUACUGUUGUACAUUCUUUUGCAUUAAUAGUGUGACUCUUUAAGCUGUAGCAAGCCCUGAAAUCUACCGAUAUCCAUAUUACAUAGGCAUUAUGAUGCUUGGAUUGUGGGGAAAUUUAGUGUGUUUUUUGUUUGGUUUUUCCCCAUGUGGUGCUAAAAAUGUAAGUUAUAUUUGUCUUUUUUUUUUGG